UAAGCCACAUUUGAAUUUAAGUUUUGACAACAUUGCUGAGCUACAAAUGUAUUUGAGUUUUUGAAUUCAUUUCCACCAACACACAAUGCAAACGAGUAAGCCAGAUGACUGUGCGCCCGCUGAGUGCUUCAUGAAGCACAAGAUUAUACCAGACAUACUGCAAGUGGCACCAGUUGAAAUGCUCAAGGUAACCUAUGCUGGUGGCCUGGAGGUGAACAGCGGCAAUGAGCUGACGCCCACACAGGUGAAAUCUACGCCUUCACUGUCUUGGACGGCUGAGCCCUUUUCGCUUUAUACUAUCUUGUUAACCGAUCCGGAUGCGCCCUGUCGCAAGGAGCCCAAGUUUCGUGAGUGGCAUCAUUGGCUGGUGGUCAAUGUGCCAGGCACACAGCUUGAGAAGGGCGACGUGCUUAGCGCAUAUGUGGGCUCGGGCCCUCCGCAGGGCACUGGCCUGCAUCGCUAUGUGUUUCUCGUCUUCAAACAGCCGGACAAGUUGAGAUGCAAUGAGCCGCGCAUACCCAAGACAAGCAGCGAGCAUCGCGCCAAGUUUAGCACAGCCAAAUUCGUAGCCAAGUAUAAGCUGGGCAAUCCAGUGGCAGGCAACUUUUAUCAGGCGCAGUAUGAUGACUAUGUACCCAAAUUGUACAAGCAGUUGUCGGGCAAAAAGUAAAAUUAAAUGUAAAUGCUUAAGCUUAUUAGAAAUUGCAGUCUAGCAUGUAAUAAC